UUAAUCAACAGCGAGUAUUCACAUCCAUAAAUCUUGCUCGUGGGCGAUCGGGAACGAGGCAGUUUGCAGUCAAACGAGCGCAUUCGACUUGUUGAGUGCGAUCUUUGGCAAGCGCUGUGUGCACAAGUAAACUGCUCUGACUCGCCAUAUUAUACGACACAAUACAAUUCCUAGUAAUCCAAAAGUAUUUUCUCCAAACGUCUCUCAUUUCGAUACGAUAGAUCUUUCAUUCGGUGUGGAGGGGAUUACGAUUUGGAAGUCAUAGCGAUGCCGAAAACUCCCAGCGAACAGCUGAGCCCGAUUAAAUUGCUGUCUCGCAAACCCGGCGCGUACGUCCACGGAUCGCGAUCGCUCUCUUCCCACUCGGUCCCCGUCCCCUCGUCGUAUACACCACGAAGAGUAAAGACCGGGUGGCUAUGAGCGCCAUACCUCCGCACGAUUCGAUACGUACAGAACCUGAGCAUGACAUAUUGCAGUUAAAACCUCUCGACGAGAACUCCCGGCGAUCAGUUGCAACCUCGUCAAUUAGCUUACCGUCAGCAUCGGCGCCAUACCCACAGACUCUGCUACUCAAUGCCCACUCACUCCCCAGCGAACGAGAAACUGAGCCUACAGAUGGGUCUAUUCGCAUUGACCCGGCGACCCGAAUGCCUCCCGAGCUCUUCAUAGAGCUCCUGACAUAUAUUCCUUACCCGUUCGUCGCUACGCUGUGUAGAGUUUCAAAGACAUGGAAUCAGCAGGUUUCCCACUACCUCGACUUCAGCGCGUCCGCUUACAGCUAUCUUGAUUUCAGCGACCACUUACUUACCAAGGAACCUCAUCGGCCAUCGGAGAAGCUCCUGAGCCUAAUCCAGAAAUCAAGGGGAUGCGUGCAUACAAUCAUCCUUCCCAAAAUCGGUUCGUUCAAGGUUCGCGGUCACGAACGCAGAAAAUCGAUGUUGCUCUCGUUUUGGCGAGAGCUUUUACCAGACCCAGCUGCGCAGCGCGAUGAAGAGUCUGCGCAGAACACGGUCUGCAGUCUAUCGAAGUUGCGAGUGCUGUCGGCUAGUGCUGACAUUGAGUCCUGCACGUGGCAUCAGCCGGACUGGUCAAGGCGGUUUCUGACGUCUGACGUCUUGAUGCUGAAUAACCUGACCGACUUGUCGGUGAGCUUGAAUACCGCUGAUAGUCUUCUCGAGUACAUGUCGCAUGAGCCAGAUUUCUCGCCCUCCGAUUCACCGCCGGCUGGUGCGCCGUCAUCGCAGCCUUUGACGAAUGCAGGACCUCAGAAAAUCCGGUUCCCGAACCUGAUCAAACUUGAGUUCUACUACGACGACUGCGCGGGUUUUUUCAUAGGAAACGGGAUAGUCGACCGACAGCCUCGUUCAUCGAUCAGAACCCUGCCAAAGCUCAGAGAGUUCAAUCUCCUCGGUGACGGCGAAUGCCGAAAAGUCAUGGUCUUUUUCGACGCUUUCAACAAGCUAGUCGCGGCCAUGCCGGUUCUCGAGUCCCUGCACUGCAGAUCUUGCUUCAUGCUUUCUAAAUUCUAUAAAUCUGAUGGAGCCACCCCCGAAUCCAGUACGCCGAUCCACGAGCCAGCAAUCUCAUUCGCGAGCGAUCCCGAUCUAUCAGAGAGCGAAACGACACUCACCAGUCCUGCCGAUUCGCAAAGCUCCGAGUCCGCUCACUCGGCGUCCAUGGCUGAGCCGGCGAACGAUCGAAUGAAGAUGGAUCUACGGAAGUGUACACGGCUUCGGAAGCUGCAGAUUUCUAAUAGCAUUAUGCAUCAUUUUCCGCUGCUGCCGGAGGGCCUUAGUGCUGAGGGUGUACGGAUCGAGAAUAGCUGGUUGGACAGCGAGCUCAGGGAGCAGAUAAUCUCUUAGCACUUAUUUGUUCUAUCAGUACUUUUCAUUUUUGUUUAAUUGUUGGGUUUGGUAGUUUCUCGGAUCUUGAUGCUAAUGUUUUGCUGGAGUUAUGACGGAGUUAUAACAGGCCUGCUUCUUUUCAGGCUGGGGCGCUCAUGUUUCGGUUUUAAAGAAGGGUGUGAAAGGUGCUAUUGUUUACGAAGAUUAUCAUUAUACACUAUUCAUAUAAAACAAACUGAAUAAACUCUCUGUUUCU